CGCACCAAUUGGAAUUUCGGCCAAACCAGAGAAUUGCUUAUUCUUACCGGUUCCAUGUGAUGUUAAAUAUUUUGAUGCUGAGCGCAGUGGACUUGAUCUACUCGCUUCCGCGAAAGAUCAGUCAGGUCGCUCAACUUCUCUCAUUUCUGAUAUGGAUAACCUUGAAAAAACGAUUUUGGUUGUUCAAGAGAUGUUGGAGAGAGUUUCAGAAUAUGUAAAUAAAGUCUUAGAUGGAAGUGUACCUGCAAAUAAUAAAAUUGGGAGAUUUUUAAUGGAUACAAUUUCUGUUGUACCAAAGAUAGAUAAGGCAGAAUUUGAAAAAAUGUUUAAUAGUCAUCUACAGGAUUUAUUAAUGGUUGUUUAUCUUGCCAACAUGACGCGUACUCAACUCGCUAUCGCAGAAAAAUUACAGCUUCUU